GUUUAAUAUGUAGGAUGGUCAGGAGCGAAAUGCAUUGUGUUGAUCUAAUCCCAGAUUUGGCAUAGUCCGUGGGCUUACACAUUUGAAGCAAAGAGCAUUUCACACUUUAUCUCCAAACGGGAUUACACAGUGUCAUGCUAUAAUCCUGUAGCAUUGCUCCCUUUAUUUCCUGAGCCAAUUCAACAACUCCCAAGUCAUCCAUCUGGCAUGCUUAAUGCAAAGCUUUUAACCUUUGUGAGGUGCUGCAUUAAAUGAAAUGGACAGCUGUUCAUUGACACAUAAUCAUACGGUAUGCUGGGCAUCACACUGCCGUACCAUCAUCUUUAUUGCAUUUUGGAUUUAAAGCCCAGCUUGGCUCUUUUCAAAGUUGUAUAUCAGGAUGAGAUGAAAGUGAUGUAACCGCCAUUCAAUUACAAGCCCUCUAUUUUUUUUUUUUUUUUCCAGUUGUCUCUGCUGUGAAUACACUGCAGCGUUUUUAAUGAAUCUUAACAGCGAGGAGUCCCAGGUGACCCACUGGCGCUGAGGAGUGAUAAUGAAAAGGGCGGAUACUUUGGCGUAACUUGUCCAAGCUCCAGCUUUGCCCAUUAAUAUCAUUCAUUCAGCGGAGACACGCGGUGACAAGAGACGCGGGUUUGAUGUAUGUUGGGUCAGUGCGGAGAGAAUGAAGACGCCGAAGUAAACUCUUUGAAGCUGGAGAUGGGAAGCGAGCCCUCGCCGGCACGGGAGUCUGGGAACAACACCGUUUGGAAGGAGUACAUCGACAUCACCUUUGUCGUGAUUAACAGUUUGAUUCUGUUAAUCACUGCUGCUGUGGGAAUGGCAGCAAACAUUUUUGUCAUACUGGCAGUGUAUCGCCAAAAAUCGCUGCAAACCUCCAAUAACGCUCUGGUGGUGAAUCUGGCUGUUAUAGACGUUCUGCGAUGCGUAAUCGACUGCCCCCUUCUGUUAACCAUCAAUGUGACCGUGUAUCAAAGAGGACGAGGGGACGACUUGAUCUGCGAGGCACAGUUGGCCUUCUUUGCUUUCAGCUGCUGUGUCCAGUUGUUAACGUUGGCAUGCCUAAGCGCAGAGAGAUACCAGGCCAUUGUGCAACCCUUCAAAGCUAGUCAACGAAAAAGACGGAUUACCGUGCUGAUCCCUGUCACAUGGACCUCGGCUCUUGUGGUGGCUGUUUUUUGUCUGAUGUUUUUGAGGGACUCACCGGUGCACGUGAGAUGCCUCGGACUACAGAAAGAAACCUUAGCUACCUAUGACAGCUUUGGACUUUUCAUGCUGUUCCCGCUGUGGGCGGUUUGCUUCAGUGUCAUCAUUGGAUUCUAUGCUGGCAUAUUUUCCCACGUGAGAUCGCACAAUUGUAAAAUAUUUGACAAAGGAACUUUUCCUGUUCCUAAAACUGACACAACAGAAGAUAAGCAAAAGAAAGAACCAACCACGGUUUUGGAAAAUGAUAAAUCGGAGGAUAACCAAGCGUUGAGUGGAAGCGUUGCUCAGAAACCUCCUGAACCAGAUUCAUCUCUGAAGAAUCUUGCGACUCCUGUGAUAAACUCAGCUAAACCUCCACCGCGUGCCUCUGUCGAUUCAGAGAUUAACAAAGAAAAGAAAAUCACAGUGGAGAAAAGUGACUUAAAAAUGGAGCAACCGCACCCUUUUGGAGUGCAGACUGAGGAGAAACCUGUAAAACCAGAUGGGUCCAUCUUUGGUGCAUCAAGUGGAGACGCAAAUGUCAAGAGCUCAACCUCAAAGAUUCAGACGGUGUUAAGCAAUCCAAGCACAGACGAGCAGUCCAAAGAAAGGCCGACCGCCGACAAAGCAACCAAAGAAGUAGGACCCCACGAUUACUCAUCUACGCAGGCAGGGAAUCCUGAAUCAAAUUCUGUAUUACCGACUGAGCAGACGCAAGCUAACAACAGCAGCAGCAAUGGAGGAGACACGCUGGCUGUUUCUACACCAGGUCAAGAGCCUUCAUUAACUCCAGUCUCAAGCGAUGCCCCAGAAGCUGAAGCUAUAAACCAGCAUGUGGCGGUAGAAGGUGCUGUUUGCAUGAUGCCUUCAAAAGCAAGCAGAGAGAGAGCGAGCAAAAAGAAAGAAAGCAAAUUGGCCAAGCGUGCUGGCUACAUAAUCAUUACUUUCCUUUUAUUUUGGCUACCGCUGAUCACAACUAUCCUGCUGAACAUUCCCAUUAACCAGAGGAAGAAUGCACAGUUAUAUUUUCAGAUACUGAUCAUUGAGGAUGUGGAGAUCCUGUCGGUGUCUAUUGCCUGCAUCACAUCGCUGAGUGACCCAAUAAUAUAUGCCGCGGUGAACCCUCAGUUUCGGACAGAGUUUAAUCGUUUGAAAAACAGUCUUAAAUCCACAUUCAAGAAGGAAUGACCAGGUUACCUAUCUACCGUUCGAGCGCCAUUAGACAGGCAUGAGCACAUUUCUAUUCAUCGUGUAACGGCAAAUUUAAAAGGAUAACAUUUGUCUAGUCAUUGUUCAAAUAUGAACUACAUUAAAAUGCAGUUGUCAAAGUAUUUUGGAGCGUAUGAAGGAGCCCAUUAUUUUAUGUGCCGCUGUGUUAUCUUAGAUUUUAUGCAGGCUGACUUCUCAGCAGUUACUAAACACUGCAGAGCAGGGGCGACGCACGCUGCGAGAUGCGGCCCGAGACCAACGCAAUCAGCUCAGCGGGGGGGCGCGCUGUGCUGCGCUGCGCCGUUCUCUCCGUCAAACAAUCACGAGGCCCGCAUGUCAGUCUCCGGAGACCUCGCAGCCAGGACGCACCGCUGGGCCAGUCAGGUCCUCACAUGUCCUCCAGCAACACCUAAUUAUUAUCUCAUCCUGUUAUAAGUGCUGUUCUCCGUGUAAUCAGGAAAAGCAUUAUGAAAGCCACCUAAUUGAGUUGUAGUAAAAGAAAAAAAAAAAGAAAA